UUGGAGCCAAUAUUUGCAUGCUUUUCUUGCCUCUUCAUAUCUUAAACAUUAGCCCCUCUCACCACUUUAAAGUAACCCUUCCAUGCAUAUUGCAUCACCAUUACAUAAUUCACUCAGUCCUUCUCUUGCAUUUCUUCUUCUUCUUUGUCUUAUUUCUUCUCUCAUUUCAAAAAUGAGAAGGCCUCCUUGUUGUGACAAAUCCAAUGUGAAAAGGGGUCUUUGGACUCCUGAGGAAGAUGCUAAAAUACUUGCCUAUGUAGCCAAUCAUGGAACUGGAAAUUGGACAUUGGUUCCAAAGAAAGCAGGGCUUAACAGGUGUGGUAAAAGCUGCAGGCUAAGAUGGACCAACUACCUAAGGCCUGACCUCAAGCAUGAUGGUUUUACUCCCCAAGAAGAAGAUCUAAUUAUUAACCUUCAUGGAGCCAUAGGAAGCAGAUGGUCCUUAAUUGCAAAAAGACUACCUGGGAGAACAGACAAUGAUGUCAAGAACUAUUGGAACACAAAGCUAAGGAAGAAGCUUAUGAAGAUGGGAAUCGAUCCAGUGACACAUAAGCCGGUCUCACAAGUCCUCUCUGACUUAGGAAGCAUUAGUGGCCUCCCAAACACCACUAACCAAAUGGCUUUUAUCAACAAGGACUUGAUGAUGAGCAACAUGCCACCAACAAAAACUGAACCAUCAGAUUCCAACAAGUCAAUGGUGGAGCACACACAAGAGGGUCAAGUUCACUCUUGGGAACACCACAUUCCUUACCAAGUCAUCAUCAACUCAGAAAAUGUUCAACCACAAGUGUUAAGUGAAGCUGCAUCCUCAACCUCAUCCUCGUCUUCCUCUAAUCUCACACAAUUAGGAUCACCACAGUCCUACUCUUGCCAAACUCCUCAGGCUCAAAUUUCCCCUCCUUGUUCCUCCUUUGAUUGGAGUGAGUUUCUUCACAGUGACUCAUUUAAUUGGUCAUUGAAUCCCCCCUCAGGUCUAAUGCAAAGUGAAGCUGAACUUUCCGACAAUACCAAAAGCAAUGGCCAUGACAUGCAAGGAGCUGCAAGUGAGGGUUCUGGUUCUGGUUCUGGUGCUGUUGCUUGUGGUGCUAGCAUGGAAUAUCAAAUUAACAAGCAGUGUGAAGCUCAUUCAUUUGUGGAUGGUAUUUUGGACAGGGAUAGUGAGAUAAGAGCAGCAUUCCCUCAGCUUUUGGAUGCUUCUUUUGACUACUAAGUGCUUAGUUGUAUCGUUUUGUUUUCUGCUUAUUGGUGAUUAGUAGGAUAAUUAAGUACUAGACUUUCACAUUAGACUCAGUCACUAGGAUGUGGCAAAAAGUUAGACCAUUCAUUAUGUUUCUCUAGUUUCUGAUUUUAUUAUGAUUUAGCUUUUUUUACAAUGCCUUUUUAAAUGAUUUAGCCUCCUUGUUCCUCCUUUUUAAUGCAUUUUUUUUUGUUUUUUGAGAGAGAAUUUUUGGAAAAAUAAAAUGUUUA